AUGAUUAUGCUUCAGCACUAUGUGAUUGUAAGUGUAUGGCAAGAAAAUGGCAUCUAUCGUUUUCCUUCAGCACGAUGUGAUUGCAAGUAUUUAGCAAGAAAGUGGCCACCUAUGGUAUUCCUUCAGCUCAAUGUGAUGGUUAGUCUUAAGCAAGAAAGUGCCACCUAUGGUCUUCUUUUUGCUCUGUGUGAUAAUACGUCUUUGGCAAGAAAAAGAAUCUGUGGUCUUCUUUCAGCAAUAUGUGAUGGUUACUAUGAAAAGUUGUAUAAAAAUUCUGUGAAGGUCGAUGAAACGCCACUUGUAGAUAUCAUUGGAAAUAAUCCAAGGGAAUUAAGUCCGUCAGAGUCUUUAAAACUAGAAGGCAAGCCAUAUGUCGAACCAAGCAUAAAAGUGAAUGAUCCAAAGUUGCAAGCCGUCGACAAGUUUACUUACCUUGGUAGCACCCUGUCGAGAGCAGUGCACAUAGAUGAUGCAAUUGACUGCCGAAUAGCAAAAACCAGUGCUGCAUUUGGGAGACUACGACUCUCAGUAUGGAAACGUCGCGGCAUACAUCUCGAAACAAAGAUAAGUUUCUACAGGGCUGUCGUCAUCAUUACAUUGUUAUAUGCUUGUGAAACAUGGACAGUGUAUGCCAGACACGCCAAGCGACUGAACCACUUUCACAUGACUUGUCUUCGCAAGCUGAUGAACAUCAAGUGGCAAGACAAAAUCCCAGAUACCGAUGUACUCACUCGAGCUAAACUCCCCUCGAUAUAUGCCAUCCUUCAGCGAUCACAAGUACGUUGGACUGGUCACAUCUGCCGCAUGCCAGAAACAAGGAUCCCCAAACAACUUCUGUUUGGUGAGCUAACUGCUGGAAGAAGGUUCUUAGGCGGUCAGUGGAAACGCGUCAAGGACAGUCUGAAAGCAUCCCUGAAGACACUUGGCAUUGAAAUAGACAAAUGGGAGGAAUUGGCGAAGGAUCGCACAGCGUGGAAAACUUCAAUAUCGACACCGAACACAAGUGCCCGACCUGUGGAAGGUACUUUCAUGCCCAAAUUGACCUGGCGAGUCACCUUCGGACAACCAAACCCUGUCAACUACGUAGAGUCUGAUGUCAUGGUCAUCUUCGCUGAGCGAUGGACGAACAUCAUCAUCAUCAUCAAUUCUGGUGACGUCACACAGGGGAAGUAA